AUGCUUCUCAUGUGUAUCAUCACCUUCUUCCUCCUCAGAACCAUAUACUCCAACCAGUUCUAUGAUAUGAGCUUGUGUUCAGCCUCCAAAUUCUAUCCAGGAACACAAUACACUUGCGAUGACGGUAUUGGCAUCCAAGCAUGUGAAACAUUCUUAGUUUACCGAGCAAAAGAAGGUCUUGAUACCAUCUCAAAGAUCGCAAACCUCUUCGGUGUCUUUCAAGAUAAAAUUCUCAUGUACAGCAAUGUUACUGAUCCUUUCCAGAAACUCGAGAAGGACCGUGAAGUAGUUGUACCAAUACAAUGUGAUUGCUUUGGUGGCUUCUUCCUAUUCAAUGUGAGUUUCCAAGUUUCUAAUGGUGAAUCUUAUAUAAGCAUUGCUUGUGAGGUUUUUGAAGGUCUAGUGAAGGCUCAAACACUGGCAGAACAUAACUAUUUGAAUGAGAAGAAUCUAACUGACUCUAAGGUUGAGUUCACUGUGCCCUUAAAAUGUGCAUGUCCUGAUAGAAAUGAUACUAAAGGUAACAUUCAUUACCUUGUGACUUAUCCAAUUGUGGAACAUGAUGAAGUUGAGCUUAUUUCUGAGAAAUUUGGUGUCUCUUCUAGUGAUAUUUGUGUAGCUAACAAUAUCAUCCCCUUUUCAACUGUUUUUCCUAAUACCACUGUCUUAAUUCCUCUUCAAAAACAGCCUUUUAUCAAUUACAGUUUGAAUGCUGAUCCUAACACUGAUAUUGCCUCUGCUUUCAUUCCUACGGUCACUAACGGUAGAGACAAUGAUGACCAUGGCCAUGAGAAAAAGUUCUAUCCUAUCAGUUUUAGUGUUGGUGGUUCUUCUGCAAUCCUUCUCAUUCUUUUUGGAUUCGGUUUCUUUUGGAAAACAAGAGCAAAACAUAAGUCUCUAAACGAUAAGCAUCGUGUCUCUACAUCGACUCGCACCUCCACAAAUUCAUGUUUGUCACCAGAUCUGAUUGCAGGGAUGUCUAAGUACUCUUUAGUCAGUUAUACAAUUGAUGAGCUUAAUGUUGCGACGAACUUCUUCAGUGAAGAGAAUAAGCUAGGCUCAUCCGUUCAUAAAGGAAAUAUUAAAGGGACUGAGCUUGUGAUCAAGAGGAUGGAAUUCAAGGAUGCUUACCGGGUUAUAAAUAUACAUUCAAUAAUCAAUCACACUAAUAUUGCACUUUUGGAAGGUGUUUGUUAUGGAGACGAUGAAUCCCUGCCUUCCUAUCUAGUGUUUGAGUUCGCCAUUAAUGGUUGUUUGAAGGACUGCUUGAAGAAUAAUCCUGAAAUGCUUCCAUGGCAGAGACGGAUUCAAAUCGCUUUCGAUGUAGCUGUUGCUCUUCACUACAUACAUCACUGUACUAUUCCAUCCUUCAAUCAUAUGAACAUUAGUAGUAAGAACAUCUUAAUAACAGGAGAUUGGAGGGCGAAGAUUGGUAAUUUAGGCAAAGAGUGUGACCAUGUUUUGGUUUCAACCGAUGAAUGGAUUGCGCCGGAGUUCCGUAACCAUGGACUGAUUUCACCAAAGGUUGAUGUCUUUGCAUUUGGGGUUGUUUUGUUUGAACUUCUGAUUGGAAAAGAGGUCAAGAUUGGAGAUUUUGUAAAGGAAUGUUUAGGAUUUCUUAGCGGAAACGGAAGUGGAAAUGGUUGUUUUGAUGAGUUGAGAAGGUUCAUGGAUUCAAACUUGAGAGAUUGUCCAAUUGGUGAAGCUUUGUGUGUGACUGUUCUUGCUAAGGCUUGUGUCGACAAUGAUUCUCUCCAUCGUCCUUCGAUGAAUGAUGUCCUAAUGAUUCUUGCAAGGAUGGUGAGAUAA